UUAUCGGUAGAAAUAGACAAAAGUGCAUCCGUUCGAAUGAGCAGAUGGGACUUGGAGCUUUCUUAUGACCAACAGUUAUAUGCUGCAACUGAUGCUUAUAUAUCCUUGAUUAUUUACAAUAAGCUCAAAUAUAAGUCAACUGACUGAUUCAUUGACUACUUGAACAUGGCUCGCAUUGUUCAUGUUUGGAAUCUGGGUCGAAUAGCAUACCAUCCAGCUCUCCAAAUCCAAAAGCAUUUGGCUGAUAGUUAUAAAAAUGCAAUUGAUGGGUCUCCAAAUAAAUGCUCAACACCAGGUGAUGUUCUACUUCUAGUUGAACAUGACCCUGUUUAUACGGUAGGAAUUCGUAACAAAGACUAUGAUUCCAAAGAAGAGACAAGGCUGAAAGCGCUUGGGGCAGAGUUUUACAAAACAAACCGUGGUGGUUUGAUUACAUUCCACGGACCUGGUCAGUUAGUCGCUUAUCCAAUCAUAAAUUUAAAAAAUUUGGAAAACCCUGGUGUAAGAUGCUAUGUCAGUGCCAUUGAAGAAACUAUUAUAACAAUGUGUAAAUCGUUUAGUAUUAAAGCAGAAAGAUCACCACACACUGGUGUAUGGGUGUCUGACAACAAAAUUUGUGCAAUUGGCAUCCAUGCAAGUCGUCACAUUACAUCACAUGGUCUUGCACUGAAUUGCAACACUGACCUCAAGUGGUUUGAGCAUAUUGUGCCAUGUGGAAUUGAAGGAAAAGGCGUCACAUCCCUCACAAGAGAGUUAGGUAUGCAGAUGACUUUACAUAGAACAAUACCUCAUUUCCUGAGAAGUUUCAGUACAACAUUUGGUUGUAAAAUUAUCCCUUUUCCGGAAGAAAGAGCAAAAGAAAUCUUACAACUGAUCAGAUUACAAUGAGGUAAUUGCAAUAUCCAAAACAAAAUUUGUACUUCUCUUAGCCAUCUUAGCCAGCAUUAAAAGGAUUUGAGAUAUGCUGACUGGUUUUGGAUUAAAGAAUUAACACAAAUA